AUGAGCCGCAGGAAAAGAGCAAAGGUGGAGUACAGAGAAAUGGAGGAAAAGUAUAAUCAAUUAGAAGACGAGAAUGCCUCGGACACAUCAGAGAAAUCUAAAACUGGUCUCGUAACGCCUGAGAAAAAAGCGUCUAUUGAGGUAAAAAAGGAAUCUGAAUCUACAGUACCUGCUCCUGUACCUUCUGUCUCAAAAACCGAAGUCAAGGAGGAAGAUGAUCAAGAUAGUGAUCACGAAGAUCCACAUGUCAAGGAAUUAUUAAAUGGAUUAGAAGGUGCAGCCUUUCAGAGCCGUCUUCCGUUUGACAAACUGACAUCUACCGAAGCUGCUUGUUUUCCUGAUAUUGCUACUGGACCACUGCAAACACAGAAAGUGUUUUUACACAUUAGGAAUAGACUUCUGCAAAUUUGGUUGGAAAAUCCAAAACAGCAGUUAAUCAUCGAAAACGUAUUACCACAGAUUGAAUCACCCUAUAACAGUGACACAGUACUUGCUCGUAGGAUUCAUGCAUUUUUAGAGCGACAUGGUUUUGUAAACUUUGGAGUUUUUAAGCGUCUUAAGCCUUUGCCAACUAAAAAGUUAGGUAAAGUCAUUGUAAUAGGAGCCGGUAUUGCUGGAUUAGCAGCAGCUCAACAAAUGCAACAAUUUGGCUUAGAAGUAACUGUGUUGGAAGCUAGAGAUCGUGUUGGUGGACGAAUCGCCACGUUUCGUAAAUCAAAUUAUAUUGCGGAUUUAGGAGCUAUGGUAGUCACAGGUUUAGGUGGAAAUCCUGUAACAACUCUUAGUAAACAAAUUAACAUGGAGCUUCAUAAGAUACGUCAAAAGUGUCCAUUAUAUGAAAGCGAUGGCCAAACGGUUCCCAAAGAUAAAGAUGAAAUGGUUGAAAGAGAAUUUAACAGACUACUAGAAGCGACCUCUUAUCUCUCGCAUCAAUUAGAUUUUAAUUACAUAAAUAGUGCAGGAUCCGGAGGACAAGGUAGUAAUGCACGUCCAGUAUCUUUAGGACAAGCAUUAGAAUGGGUAAUACGUUUACAAGAACAAGGUGUAAAGCAACGUCAAGUUGCACAUUUGCGUUCAGUACUUUCGUUGCAAGGACGAUUAAUCACCAAUCAGCAUAGAAUGAUCUCUAUUAUGGAUCGUUUAAUGGAACUAAAUAAACAAUACAAAGAAAUGACAGAAAGUAAAUUACAAACUCGAGAUAUAACGCAGGAAUUCGUACUCCGAUCUAAGCUGCGUGAUCUCCAUAACGCUUGCAAGGAAUGGGAUCAGUUAUCAGAUCAGCAAAAAGAAAUCGAAGCAAAAUUACAAGAGUUGGAGGCAUCACCUCCAAGCGACGUCUAUUUAUCAUCCAAAGAUCGGCAGAUACUGGAUUGGCAUUUUGCAAACUUGGAGUUUGCCAAUGCAACAUCUUUGUCGAACUUGAGUUUGAAGCACUGGGAUCAAGACGAUGAUUUCGAAUUCACUGGAAGUCAUCUGACUGUUCGCAACGGUUAUUCUUGCGUACCUGUUGCUCUCUCGGAAGGACUUGAUAUUCGAUUGAACAUAGCUGCCAGGGCGGUGCGAUACGGGCCAAAUGGCGUAGAAGUAUGGGCCUCACCCGCCCGCAGUCUGCACACAAAUCACACCAUUUAUAAAGCGGACGCCGUUCUGGUUACACUACCCCUUGGUGUCCUGAAGACUUCUUCACCGCCUUCCGGAGUCACCUUCAAUCCACCGCUUCCAGAUUGGAAGGCUCAAGCCAUUCAACGACUUGGUUUUGGCAAUUUAAAUAAGGUAGUACUAUGCUUUGAGCGCAUUUUCUGGGAUCCAACGGCCAAUUUGUUCGGCCACGUGGGAAGUACCACCGCAUCGCGCGGCGAGCUCUUCCUGUUCUGGAACUUAUACAAGGCACCGGUUCUAUUGGCUCUCGUCGCUGGUGAAGCGGCUUGCGUAAUGGAAAAUGUCAGUGACGAUGUUAUCGUCGGCCGUUGCAUCGCCGUCCUGAAAGGCAUUUUUGGAAACCAAGUGGUACCGCAACCGCGCGAGAGCGUUGUGACAAGGUGGCGGGCGGAUCCUUGGGCACGAGGCUCCUAUAGUUUUGUCGCAGUUGGCAGUUCUGGCAGCGAUUACGAUCUUUUGGCAGCACCCGUGUCACCCCCGCACCUGGUUAAUCAGCCCCCGCCGCAGCCAAGAGUCUUCUUUGCAGGGGAGCACACUAUACGGAAUUAUCCAGCCACCGUACAUGGCGCAUUCCUCAGCGGCCUUCGUGAGGGUGGACGUAUAGCCGACCAACUCUGUGGAAGUCCUUACGCGCCACCAACAAUGACAGCUUCCGUUCCGCCAACGACAGGGAUCACGCCAGCAAAUUCCGGCAGCAGUUCGACGCCUUAAUAUUUUCACAUCGACUAUGUCGUCGUUUUUGUUUUUCUUUGAGCAAAGAAAGUACGAGGAUAGCCAUUUACGAAGAAACUCUUCCUCAAGGCUCUUUCGGAAAAAAAGAAUUCUUCGCGAUAAUUUCGAAUCA